AGAGAAGCAAAAUUCUUUUCCAGCCAUCUUGUGGCAGCGAGAACUUCGCAACAAUCCUCGUAGAAUCGGAGGAAAAUCCUGCUGAAGGGGCGCCAUCAUGCCCGGACAUCUGCAAGAAGGUUUCGGCUGUGUCGUAACCAAUCGGUUCGACCAGCUAUUUGAUGAUGAAGAAGAUCCGUUUGAGGUAUUAAAGCAGGCAGAAACUAAGAAGAAGGACACGGCCACUCCUGGUGCCGCCAAGACCGCUGCUCAAGCUACAAAGCAGACCAAAAAGGAGUCACAAAAAGACAGGAAAAACCCUCUUCCCGACAAAAAGGAAGAGACACAGGCCCCAGUUUCCCUCAAGAAGGAUGGCAUGAGGAGAAUGGGUCGGCGACCUGAGCAGCAGGGCCAGCAGAGCUCCCAGCAGAGCUCCCAGCAGAGCUCCCAGCAGGUCACCCAGCAGGGCUCCCAGCAGGGCUCCCAGCAGCAGCAGCAGCAGCAGCAGCAGCCAUUGCCACAGCAGCAGGGGGGGCAGGGUGAAGGUCGGCCUCAAGCAGAUAGGCGGCCUGAGAGAAGGCCACCCCGUGACCGCAAGCCAGACAAACCUGCCGAAGACAAGCCAGCUGAAGGCGGAGAGUUCUCUGUAGAAAAGUCAGCCGGGGAAAGACCGUUCCGGGGUCGUGGAGGUGGCAGGGGUAGCCGUGGAGGUCGCGGCAGAGGCAUUGGACGGAGCGACGGAUUUGAUUCACGUGGCAAACGCGAGUUUGACAGACACAGUGGCAGCGAUCGAUCCAGCCUGAAAGCAGAGGAAAAGCGAGGAGGGAGUGGAUCUCACAACUGGGGCACUGUCAAGGAUGAACUGAGCGAGCUUGACCAGUCAAAUGUCACGGAGGAAGGAGAGGAACACCCGCCUGCUGACUCGGAAAACAAGGAGAACGAAGCCGAAGAGGGGAAAGAGGAAAGCCCAAAGGAGAUGACUCUGGACGAGUGGAAGGCACAGCAGGACAAGGAGAGAGCAAAGGUGGAAUUCAACAUUCGCAAGGCCAACGAGGGUGCUGACUGGAAGAAAGGCUAUGUGCUGCACAAGUCCAAGGCCAAGGAGGCUUCUGGUGAUGAUGCUGCCGGUGAUCACCACUUCCGCAAGCCAGCCAACGAUAUCACGUCCCAGCUGGAGAUUAAUUUUGGGGACCUGGGCCGCCCUGGGCGUGGCCGUGGCGGAACCCGAGGUGGGAGGGGGGGCCGCGGUGCCACCCGGCCGCCCCGUGAACGCAGGUCCGAUAAGGCAAGCGGAGCUUCUGCCCCUGAUGUGGAUGACCCUGAGGCCUUCCCGGCCCUGGCUUAAGCCACCCAGUGCGUGGCUAUGAUCAGCCUGCCACUGGGUCCUUCCUCCCAGGCUGUUUGCUACGAGGCUUGCAUGCUAGUGGAUCCUUCAGCAGAUGAAAUGAUGGAAGACUGUCAUCCAUCCCGUUCACCCCUGAGGACUGAAUUUUACUUGUUUUAGAAAAAAGGAGAAAAUCUUACCAAAAAAAAGAAAGGACUUCUUGCUACUUGGAAGCAAAUUAUUGGUAGAGGUUUUGUAUUCAGAUAUAAGAUAGCAGGGAUGUUUUCAUACAAUAUUUUUUUCAGGUUGUUUCAUUCUCCAUGAAUACUUUUUGUACUGCUGCUUGAAAAUAUGCAUUUCCAAAUAUAGGUUUUGGUAUGAAGAGUGCAUCAGGUAGCUUGUGUUGACCCUUGGCUUGCUUUCUUCCUAUGCCUUAGAUACUCGUAAGACACUUCUAAAUUACCCAAGAGUUUAUCUGUAAAUUGCACCAAUCUGCAUAUUUUGUUUUGAAAGUGUUACUGCAUUGAACUGGAUUUGUGUUGGUGUUGGUUCUUUGGGCCUUUAACAGCUUCAUAUCUGCGAUCUUAAAUGAAGCAACAUUUGUAGCUUGAUGCCAAAAUCUUUCUACCUUCAGAAUAGCUCAAGAUAAUCCUGAGAAGCAUUUUCAUAUAUCCCAAAUGUGACUUAUGACCAUAAGAUAUAGAUUAGUUUAUUGACAUUGACUUAGGAUGCGUUCAGGAUAGUAAGGUACUCAUUCAUCAAAGAAUUUGGAUAAAAAAAAAAAAAUCUAGUUUACAUUUUGCACUCCUGUUUACCACAAGAAUUGGUUUAUCUUAUUUUAUGACAGCAGUUCUGUUUUAAGUUUGGUUCUCUAAUGUCUUGGUGCUUUUCUACAACAGCACUACUCCAUAGGUGUUCUGAAAGAUACCAGUUGUUCAGUGUGGAAUGACUGAGUGCUGUGAAAAAUGUGUGAAUUCUAACCCUGCUAUUACUCAGACCUCUGUCCAUAAUUAAAAAGAUGGUCUAUUCAAA